AGGGGGAGAAAAGAUACAUAAUUGGUAAAAUGAUCAAGGGAGAUGAUAUUUUAAAUGGGACUCCUGGGAAGGACAAAUGUUUAAAAGAUGGGUUCAGUAAGAAAGUAACAGAGGAAUAAUAAAUGAAGUAAUUAUAUCAGAAUAAAAUUGCUUUUUCCAGAGUAGUAUUCACAGGGGGAGUUAUACCGACAUAGUUCUGCUAGAAUAAUUACACUCUGAACCAGCACAGGCUCUGUGCAGUGGCAGAACUUAUUAUAGCAAUAUAAUUAUCCUACCAACUGGCAAAACUCUAAUGUUAUAAUAGCUACAGCACUAUAAUAACUUUUUUUUUUUUCUGCUGGACUAUUUCCCUGAGAGGCCAAAGAGGUAGGAAGCAAUAGCAUACCGUAAUCACAGGCAAGUGCUGCCUGCCCUCGCCCCGCUGUUUUCUCACCUGCUUGUUCCUCGCCAUCCCCAGGGUUCCUCUGAGCUGUGUUCAGUCGCACAGCGCUGUGCUGCUCCAGUUCACAGCUGUAUCUGUAGUGCUGCUGUUAUUUCAGUUCUGGAUAGGUGCUACCCAGACAAGUGAAGGAUUCCUGUGUUGGUUUCAAAGGCACUGACUUCUCCUUUGUGCGCACCCAUAUCAUUCUUUCUGUCUCGGCGUUGGCUCCAGCUCAUCCAUCAGUGUCUUGCUGCUUUAAGCGUUCUCACAUCCUAUUAACAGCAAAACUGGCCGCGAGACAGAAAUACAGUGUGAGGUGCUAGGAAUGGCUUUCUUUUGGAGAUCAGGGCUUCUGCAGCUGCCUGAGAUUAACCCUUCUGGGGAGAACUCUGAACUUUCAGCUGUGCAUUCUUACCGUAGCAUUUAAAAAGUGAACUCUUACCUGGUGGGCAUGCCAGCUGCUGGGGGAAAAUGAAACUAGUUGCAUAGAAUAAAUCAGUAAGGCUCUGUAAAAAUGCCUUCAAGUAUUAUGAAUUCCCAACACAGUUUCUUACAAAAUUACGAUUCAAUAUCUGUCAAAAUAGAAUGGUUCUCCACAGAGUAGUCUACAAACUGAAAAACUGCUAGAUGCUGAUGUAGUGAUGUCUGCAGUCACCUCCUGUAAUUCAGACAAAUGGUUUAAAUAUGAAGAAAACCAGGAUUCCAUAUAUCAACUACUGUGAAAUGUAUAACAAUGCAAACGAAAGAUGUGCGUGUACUGAUUGCUGGUGGAAGCAGUGCAGGGAGCUGAGCAUCAACCCAAAGGGGUGCCACGAGCCACCGGUGUUCAAAUCUGCUUCCAAAGAGUCUUCAUCUCAGGCAACUCAGGAACAGCUAUAAACAGAAAGGUUGUUAGCAGUGGAUUAGAGCAGGGGAAGAGCUGCCUCAUUUCACUGACAGCCACAGCUGAUCAUGCGUAAGGAACAAUCCUCUAGCAGCAGGCUGAGCUCUGCCUUCCCACCCCUGAGUUUGGAGCGGUUCAUCUCCUGAGAUUUUAGUAUAGCUAUUUCAUUUCUCUUCACUGAGGAGCUGAAUCUUUAGCAGAUGGCUCUUAACAUCACAGGGCUCAUCUGUGGCUCUGCUUGGAGCAGGUUAGUUCAGAACAGAGCACUUACAGCAAGGAAGGUGGCUUAGGAGGAGGAGAUGACCCAGGAGAUGUGUUUUGCUGAGUUCCCAAGUCCCAGCCCAUCCUCCUGAGGCUCAAGAUAAUUCUGUACCUUCUGUACAGGACCUGGAGUUGGAAUGGACACAAACUUGCUUUUAUCUGUUCUUCUGCUCCAAACAUAGCAUCUAAUUUCUCUGGGUAUGGAAAUAGGAUAGUAAUUAGAGCUAAGAAAUUCUUCAAAAAUAUCCAAAGCAUUCUGUCAAAGAGACUCAGUAUAAUUGUUUCUGCCUCUGUUCAUCCAUCUUUUUUUUGCUCACCUUGGUGGAGGCUGCUGCUGGCAGAGCCAAGGGUAACUGCAACAUUCCAGCAAUAAAGACGGCAUUUGUGAGAAGCAAUAUGCGAAUCCACUUCCAAGACUCUCGUCUGCAUGGGAAGCAGCAAUCUGUUCCUGUCAGACCGUCAAUCCCACCUUAGUCAAUGCCAGCUGUUUCUGCUGAUGGGUCACAGGGGCCAGGAGUGCUCAAGCAAGAGGGAAUUCCUCAGGAGCAGACCAAGCUGCGCAGGGAUGCCCUGCUGAAGAUGCUGGCGGGGCUCCUGGAGAGCGCAGACGUGGCCUCCCCAGACCUGGAGGAGGAAGGCAAGCUGGAGGAGGAGCGGGCGGCGCUGGGGCGGCUGGCUCAGCUCUCGCAGCGGGACCGCAAGGCGCCCUGUAAAAACUUCUUCUGGAAAACCUUCACCUCCUGCUAGUGCCGCCCUGCUGGGCUGCCCGCCUGCCUGUCACCACACACCCCAUCCCCUCAGCUCCUUCCCUGUCCUGCACACCUGAGAAUAAAGCAUGGUGCCUCGG